AUGUCUUCUUUUAAUAUAACCAAUUUUACUUCCAUUACAAAUGAUUCUAAACCUAAAUUUACUUAUAAAACAAGAAAAGAUAUACAAGGUAAUAAUGAGAUGUUAAAGGCAAAUCAACAAAAUGAACCAAUUCUCGAUAUUGAGAAAGUUGCCUCAUCCAAUGUAAAAUCACAAGAGAAUACUGAAAAGAAAAAUCAAGGUGUGCCAUUACCAUUUAUUUUAGGUCACUUAAUUAGUGAAAAUGAAUUGGCAUUAGCAACUUCAUAUAGAAAAUUAAAUGACGUUUUUGAUGAGUUUUCAGAAUUGCAACAGCAGAAUAAUAAAGUAUCCAAAAAAAAUGAAUUCAAGAAGUUUGAAAGGAAUUCUGAUAUAGGAAAGAGGAAUCAAAAUAGAUUCACUAAAGAAUCGAAAAAUAAUAGAAGAAACGGUAAAAAACGUGGUGGUGAAAGAAAACAAAAAGAAAUUGCUGAAAGAGCAUUGAAAUCAAAAUCUAUUAAUAGAGGAUUACUGAGUAGAAAAGCUAUUGUUGAAGCUGCUUCAUCUAAUAAAAAUCACAUUCAAUGGAAUAUAUUGAAAAAGAAUAAAGAAUUUAUUGAUGAUGAUGAAAAGAUGGAAAAUCAUGUGAGCUUCAAUAAAAAUUGUAAUGAUGAGCACGAAAAUGAAAUUGUUUAUCAAAAAGAUAUCGACUCUGAACAAGAUAACGAUAGUAGCGAAGUUGAAGACUGGCAUGAAAUGCUUCCUAUAUUAACUUCAACUCCUGAUAAUUCCACCCUUGUAUCACAAAAAAUGGGGGAAUUUGUUGACUCUGAAGCAAGUACCAACAAUGAAUUCCAUAAUGAUUCAAGCGAGGAAGAGGACGUAAUAGAUGCUUUUACAAAUUCUUUUCCAGUUCAUUAUGAAGUUGGUGAAUCGACCACGCCACUUGCGUUGAAUAAAGAUUAUAUCUCAAUACCACCACCAAAAAUAGAUGGAGUGCGAAGAUUUAUACUCAAACCGUUAUCUGAUGAUGAUGACGAAUUGUUUUAG